GCAUAGAAGACAUUUACAAGUAGUUCAACAUGCAUUACAAAGAUGGUCAUUCAUUACAAAGUAAAAGCCUAGUACAUCACACUAAGUACAUCAACAUGGUAGCAUUCAAGUUCCUAGCAAAAUCUGACUCCUAGAUGUCUCAAAGUAUGAUUGUUCAAUGAGUAGUUGCAUUCUUUUUCUUGAUUGUUGGAGCAACAUGAAGUGUGAUGUGCUUGAGCUUCUAAUCCUCAAGGCUGCUCUUGGUUCUUGUCCUUCUAAGUUUGCCCCCUUGGACUUGGCAAUUGUCAAUGAUGGGAGAAAAAUGCUUGUAAUUAAAUAUCUCCUCAAUCCUCUGUUGAUCAAAGCUUUCAUCGCGCUUGACCAUAUACAAAGUGCAUGGAAUGCUCAUUACCUCAAGAAUGAUGUCUAAAUGCAGAAGAUGAAUAACUAAUCAUACCUCAGAUGCAUAUAAGAAUAAAAACCUGUCAUGUGUGGAGACAAAGUUAGUGAAGAAAAAUACCCCUUGUGUCUUAGACACGGGAUUCCUAACCUCACGGGUGGGAUGCUAAGGGAAACAUGUCUUAGGGUUGGUAUCUCUCUAAGGCCACUACAUGUUUUCCUAAAGGGCAUUAGGCCUUCUCAACCAUUUAUCCUUUCGGAAUCAACGGGAGAUAUUUCCAAAAACUAAUACACAGAAUGAUAUUAC